GAGAGAGAGAGAAAGAGAGAGAAACGAAACCCUAAAAUUCGUUUCAGGUUUUUUGGGGUUUUGGGAUUUUUGAUAAGCCAAAAAAAAAUGGGGGAUUUGGAGAAGCAGCAGCUGAACAAGGACGAGGCGGCGGCGGAGGAGACGGAGAGGCUUGUCGACGACGGAGGAAUGGCCGUGUUGGAUUUCGACAUGCUCUGCUCCACCGUCGCCUUACAGACCCAGGGAAAGUCCGCCGCCAAGUUUCAGAGCUUCGACGGCGGAGAUGAAGCUGAGGCUGCGGAAUUGGGCGGCGUGUUUAGGAUGUGGGAGGGUGAGCUCCUAGAUUGCUUCGAAGAUCGCCGCGUCGCUCUCGAAUCGGCUUGCUGUCCGUGCUAUACAUUUGGGAAGAACAUGAAGCGAGCUGGGUUUGGUCCUUGCUUUUUACAGGGUUCUCUUCAUUUAAUCCUUGUCGCCAGCAUCCUUCUCAACUGCGUUGCGUUUAUUAUCACCAAGAAGCGCUGCUUUGUAUAUCUGGUGGUUGCUUUCACCAUUACACUGGGGACGUAUUUGGGGUACUUCCGUACACAGAUAAGAAACAAAUUUAACAUAAGGGGUAAUGAGAGUUCCGUGGAUGAUUGCCUCUACCACCUUGUCUGUCCAUGCUGCACAUUAUCUCAGGAAGCCAGAACAUUAGAGAUGAACAAUGUCCAAGAUGGCACCUGGCACGGUAGGGGAGAUACAAUAUAUAUAGGCAGCCUUGGAGAAGGAGGAAAAUCUUUCUUUGAGCUCCAACCACCUACUCUUGUGUCAAUCAAGUCUCCCGACCUCUGCAACACGCAAAAAAGUCCAGCUGCUAGUACAUAUUCAUGAGUUUAACAAGCUGGUCAUUGACCCUCCAUUGAGAAAUUGACCUGAGUAUCAUUCAAAGUUGCAUAUCCCCAUUCGGUUUCUUCCCCAAGGAAGGGAAAUCAACCAUGGAGUCCAAACUUUUUUCCAUUCAAGAUUUGCUGUAGUUGUGAUUGGGAACUAGAGCUUGAGUUCACUCCUCCACCUGGUGAUUGCAUGCGGAGUUUCCAGAGAUGGAAGGCGAUCUACUCUUAAGUUAUGGGAUGAGUAACUAUGUGUAUGUACAUACAUGUGGGUUUUUUAGAUAGACCCGAGUUCUGUAGACUUGUGUUGUUGUAGAACAUGUUAUGAUCAAUACGUUAUCGUAUCCUUUAUUCAAUGAAAUGAUAAAUAUUCCUCAUCU